CCCUACAGCUGAGCACGUGGGAAAUUUGUCCGCGCGAAAUAUGUCGAAUACGCCCCAGAAUAUAUAUGGUAUCAAUAAUUCAGCGGACGCUUACUAUGGGACACUUUUCUCGCACUUGUCUUAUGGAAUGGGUGAGGGCAGUGGAGUUAACUCAGCUACAACCCCAAAUGCAGAAAAUGCAGCUGCGGCGGCUGCCGCUGCAGCCUUAGCAGCAGUGGCUUCUGGAAGAAACGAUUGGUCUAAUACUGAUGCUUAUAACGCUGUUUCAAACAUGAUGAAUAAUAUGCGUACACAUCCAUCAAUGACAGCUUGUUCAAAUUCUGGGGAUUUAUCUGAAUCUUGUAGUAUCCCAUCCAGUUCUUUAUCAUCACCUUAUGCUGCGACUUUGCUGGCUGCAGUUGCUGCAGCAGCAGCUGCAGCUUAUCCACUUCCUCAGGGUACUGCGAAUGCCGUUUCUGGCCAAACAGGUCGGUCUUUCUUACCUAAUCCCUCAAUGAAUAAUAGAGCAGCUGAUUUCACAACAAUGUACUUUGGUUCUUCUGCAAGACCAUCUGUUACUAAUGCUAACCAACUUAAUGGGCUUCUUGGUAACCUACCUAAUUGGCCUUUCACUGUUCCUCCAACUCACUAUCCAAACUCUUCAUUUAUAGACAGGCCUACUGGUGCAGUCGUUCCCUAUGAGGGCUGGGCUUCUUCAAAUGGACAACAAUUGACAUUGUCACCUUGUGGUGAAAAUGAUACAAUCAAUCACUUUGGUCAAGGUCCAUCCGAAGCAAAUAUGUUAUCUAAAGACCCACAUACAUAUUAUACAUCGUCGAAUAUGGGAGAUACUGUUUUCCCGGCACCUGCAUGCUAUUCUCAGCAGCAACAACUAGGUACUACUGAAGACCCUGGUGUUUCAUUCAUCUACCAUCAUCCGAAUUCAAAACCUGCCUAUCCGUUUUCAUCGCAAGGAUCUCAAUCACAUCUUGUAAAUGGAUUGCCUGGUAGUGCUGCCAAUAUGUUGGAUCCCUAUGCUUCAGUAAAUCAGUGCCAAACAAUCUCACAACAUCUGAUCGAUGAAUUCGGUCGACUAAAUGUUGGAUGUGGUGUCGAGGCAGCAACUUGUAGUGAUAAUGGGCUAAAUCAGUUGCAUGUCCCGUUUUAUGAAACCUCAGUUGUUGGGAAUGGAAGUAAUGUUCAGUUACAUAAUGCUUCAGUAACACAAUGGUCUCAUAUGAAAGAAAAUAAUGGAAUUGGUAAUAGCAUGUGUUCUAUGGAUAAGUCCGAUAAUAUAUCCAGAUCACAAUCCAAUCCAAGUAGUUAUCCAGCAAGUAGAUUAUCUACUUCAGCUAGUAACAGACCUGCACCGUCAGUUGUUGCUACAUCCGUCAAUAGUUCACCACGUACUAAAACUUGGGCUAAUAUAGCAGGACAACCACCCAAAGGGUCAGCUGCAGUUAUUCAAAACUCUGUAGGGUGGUCAGCGAAAAGAUCUCAUCCUCACAAUCCAACAGCUGUAAACAGGUCUUUCCAACCUUCUACUGGGAACUAUUCAGUUGGCAGGGCUAAUUCUUUGAUGGCAAAUGCUUCGUGUAAUAAUGGGCAUUUAACACAACAAGAUCGAGUCAAUACUGGGGACCAGUCAGGAAAUGGACGUUCUUUAGCGGAAUCUAACUCUGAGUUAAAGAGUACUUCAAAUAAUGGUAACCAUUCUGCAAAUAAUUCAACAUCCCUACUAACCUCAGAUGGAUCUGCACAGGCUUUUCAACGUGAGUCGGAGGCGCUGCACCAACGUUUGGCUAAAGUAAUCAACCCCAAUGAUUUCGACACACACAUAGAAAAGGCCAGAUUCUUUGUAAUCAAGUCGUUUUCCGAAGAUGAUAUUCAUCGUUCUAUUAAGUAUUCUAUCUGGUGUUCAACAGAACUAGGCAACAAGAAACUUGACACAGCAUUUGCGGAGGCCAAUCAUGCAUAUCCAAUAUAUUUAUUUUUUUCAGUCAAUGGAUCUGGACAUUUUUGUGGGAUGGCUGAAAUGGUUUCUCGUGUUGACUAUAAUGCUAGAGCUAGUGUCUGGGCUCAAGAUAAAUGGCAAGGUAAAUUUUCGGUUCGAUGGAUAUUUGUAAAAGAUGUUCCUAAUACUGCAUUGAGACAUAUUCGCAUUGAGACAAAUGAUAAUAAACCAGUAACUCACUCUCGUGACACUACAGAACUUCCCUUAGAACGAGGCAAACAAGUAAUGGAAGUACUUGCCACAUAUUCACAUACAUUAUCUAUUUUCGAUGAUUUCUUUUAUUAUGACCAACGAGAAAGACAAGAAGUAAGUUGGAUUACAUUGUAUCAUAGAUCGUAAUAUGUUGUAUACUUAUACACAUUUUUACCAAUAACCUACUUCACCCAAGAGAUUCGUACUUGCUAUUGUUAUGACUUUAUAUAAAAUAGGACGUAUGCUAAUUCGUUAUUGAUCUUAUGUCCGGCUUUUUAUCACGUGAAUUAUCCAUCAAUCGAAAUACUACUUGUCUAAUCUUAACACUAUGACAAAUCAGUGACGUUCAACUGGUAUGAGUAGUCUAGCGUCCUUAUUGAUCCUUUGUCCGCCUAGCCCUCCCAGUUGAGUCCAGAACACCAAUUGCAGCUUCUGCUAUACGAAUCUAUGCGAAUCAUUUAUUUCAAACAUACUCUGUUUAUAUAUCAGACAGACAGACCGCAGCACACCAUAAAAUAUAAAAUCAUAUUUGUACCAAAUCAAGCCAAAUGUGGCUGUGAACGUGGGAGACGGUAAUUAAUAAAUUAAGCAUAAUUUGGGAACAGUAAAUCGUACAGUAAUAAUUCAUAGGCCAAAAUGAGGCUUAUAAUAAGAUGAAUGUAUAUAUACACAAUCUAGUUACUCAAUAGUUAAACAAUAAGAAUAUAUAUAUAGAAUAAUCGUCCAUUAAUAUGUCCUGGAAGUUACUCGUACUCAUGUCUUCGCUAGGAUAUAACAGCUAUAUUUAUAUAAUCAUACCUCUGUUUAUGACAAAUGUUUUUGUGUGUGUAAAACUAGUUUGCCAAGAAAUUGCAGCUUUAAGCCUGACUAAAUAAAUAAUUAGUCAGAAAUCUGGAUACAGUGCCAACCUUCAGGGAUAGACAAUGUUUCACUAGGUUGCUAAAAUUAUCGUGGUCUCGAUUUAUAUCUGUAUUUAAACUCUAAGAAAUUACUCAUAUCUUAAAAUAUAUGCCAUGCCAACUGAACGCUGAAUUUUCGCAUACCACUUAGUCUUACUUCUAAUAAGUGUUUUCAAUAAUUCUUUGACAGGGAUUUCGUCGUAAAGAAUUCAAUACGCGAAGAGGUUGAUUUGCGGACAAUAAAUUAGUUUGAACGAAUCUCAUCAAAUGUCGAUUGUUAUUACACUUACGUAACAAAAUUGGAGUUUUACGCUCAUUUUACGAUAAGAAAUGAAUAAUCUAGACAUUUCUCCCUCUAUCUUUUCCCGUAGUUCUCAGUUAGAGGCUGUUUUUGGAUGAUUUAAAAGCACAAAUUGUUUAGGUUUUCUCUCUUCUGCUACUUCGUUUUUUAGAAAAAAACAUACAAACCGAAAGCAAACUUUACUGUGAAAUCUUUUUUACUUAAUCAUGUUAUAUACAGCCUCAGGUUAUAUAGCUUAUAAAAUUUACUUCCUUACUCUAAUAAACUCUGUCUCACAUUGUUUGGUAAAAUGGACAUCCAUGAAAAGGGGAACACAGUAAUACAAAUUGAAGUAUUAAACAUGAUGAAACAAGAAUUAUUCAAUGUAUAUCUCUUUUACUAAAAUACAGGUAAUCAUGUUAUAAUAUUAACAGUUUGAUAUUUCACAAGCUGAAACUAGAAGUUACUUUGAUGUAUUAGUUUUUCUUGCUACAUUCAUUGCUAUCCUUUAUAAUGUCUGUAAGAUUAUUAUUUAAAAAACACUUUCAUUGGUAGAGGUACGUAAAACACAUAACUAAUCUGGGUCCCAGUUUUUGUUUACCUACCCACUUAAAAUUUACUUUCACUACUAACUUACAAAACAGGACAGACACUUUUUGAACUUGAAUCUUUUCUGAAGAACCAUGUUUUUUUGACUUCUCAUCUGUAAUGUAUAUUUCUCUUCAUCAAGUGAUUGACAAUUGUUCCACUUAUUUUUUGUCACAUAUAUACAUCAUAUGAGUAGUUGCCAUUUCUUCAGAUAUAUAUAUAUAUGAUAUUAGUAACACUAUAUCAAUGACAAUGCCCACUUACUUACAUUUAUAGGGAAAUCUUUUACUUUUUUCCACACUUCAUUAUAUAUAUAAACCAAUCUGUUGUUGAAUAUACAACAAUUAUUAUUUAAAUAUUAAUAUUUACUGAUCGUCUCAAGUUAGAUAGGCACGCACGUAAACUUAUUAUAUCACAGUUUGAAUUAUUCAAAUUUCGCCCUUUCCUUUUUUUACUUCAUAAUCGUCAUACUAUGUAUUCCAACCUUUUUCUGUUUAUUACUAGUAAAUAUAAAAAGUAUC